CUGUCUCUGGAUCUCUGCGGCCGUCUGUACCCUCCCAGAAAUGCAGAACUGUCGGAUCAGAAAUGUUUCCUCAUACGACUUUAUGCUGACUUCCUCGUCCGGCCGCUGCAGGACUCGGAGCUUCUCUUCAGUUUUUACUCCCUCGGCAUCAUGCUCCUCCGUCGUAUUCUCCUUACGGGAGCUCUGCUCUCAUUGGCUGGACCUCUGCUGGUCGCCAUGGAAACGUGUCCAGCAAUGCCAGGGAUGCCAGGUAUUCCCGGACUUCCCGGUAGAGACGGCCGUGAUGGGCAGAGAGGAGAAAAAGGAGAUCCAGGAUCAGAAAGGACCGGCAGCCUGGGGCCUCAGAAGGGCCAGAAGGGGGAACCGGGUCCGGCGGGACCGCCUGGCAAACGAGGCCCGUCAGGGGAACCAGGGGAACCGGGCAGUGCGGGGAUUCGCGGGCCUCCAGGAGAGCCAGGAGAAGCUGGGUCGGCUGCGGCUCAGCAGAAGGCGGCCUUCAGUGUGGCCAGAGCAACGUCUGAGUUUCCUGCUAAAAGCAGCACAAUUCUGUUCACUAAAGUCAUAACUAACAUUGAGAACGACUUCAAUACAGAGACGGGACACUUCAGGUGUCGCAUCCCAGGGAUGUACUACUUUGUGUAUCACGCUUCUCUGGAGGAUAAACUCUGCGUGCAGCUGAAGCUCGACAACAAUCUGCUCGCGUCGUUUUGUGAUCUUCGCCGCAAAAAACAGGUGACGUCAGGCGGGCUGGCCGUCUACGUGUCUCAGGGUCAGGAGGUCUGGCUGGAGACCAGGGAGCACCGAGGGAUGACAGGAAGAGGCAACGGCUUCAGCAUCUUCUCUGGGUUUCUGCUGCACCCUUACUGACCUCCAGCAUGGACGCAACAACAACAACCACAGAAAUUCCUGUUACUUUCCCACUUUGUGUGUCUCCUGUUCGGAUUUUACUGAAAAACCAAACUGAGAUGUUGAGAAUUUUUUUCAGUUUAAUCAAUUUCCUCUGUCGAAUUUAUCAUUUUUGUGUCACCAGUAAAAAGAUUUUCUGCUAAAA